CCUCUCAUGAAUUUUCCAUUUAGUCCACUUAAAUUUGAGUUCCCAUCCCAGUUUUCCCAAAUUCAUGGAAAUUCAAAAUCCCAGCAAGAGACGUCAUGGAGAAGAUUCUCCUCUCUCCGUCUACAAGAAACGGAAACCCAUCACAAGAACUGGGUUUCUCUAUUUACGAUCUCUCUCUCCUUUGAUUUUUCCGAGCGCCGAAUCUAUUUGUAACUCGGUCUGUCUCCGAUCGGAUCGGCUGUAUACCUUCGGUCGCAAAAACCCAUUUUGCCAAAUCGUGAUUAAAGAUCACCACAUCAGCAAGCGGCAUUGCCAGAUUUUCUUUGAUAGCUUUGACCGCAGGAUUUUUAUUGUAGAUGGGUUCUUUUCAUCUUCUGUUUCUGAUUUGUGUGAGAUUCGGAGAUGGUUACGACAUCGAUUGGAUCAGAACAGAACGUGGGUGGGUAUUGUUAGGCCUUCUUUGAAUGGGGUUUUUGUCAAUGGGUGUAGGAUUGAAAUAGGCGGUAUUGUGGAGUUGUUUGUUGGAGAUGAGGUUUCUUUUGUUUGCAGAAAUCAACCCGAUCGGAUUGUGUUUGCUGUUGAAAGGAGUGUUUUUACAGAGGAGAUAGCAUUGGGACAUUCUGAUGCAGGCAACUUGCUCGAUUUAAAGGCAGACAGGACUUUUAAGGAUUUUAGUCUCUGUAGGCGGGGACAUGAGGAAGUGAUUGUUAGAGCAUCAUUUCUUUUAAAUAAAUGUAGAGGGAUAUUGCAAAGUGUUGAUCCUCUAUUGUACAUUCGGAAUUGCAUGAAUUUGGAUCAAAAUAAGGAAAUCACAGUGCAUGAAAAUGGGUUUUCUGUUGUUAGUCAAAAGGAACACUUUCAAGAUCCACAGCUAUGUAAAAUGACGGAUAUUUCUUCUUCAAGUCAUUGGGGAAAAAAUGGUCUUUGUACAUUGAAUACUGAAUUGAAUUUGGUAAAUGGAAGAGUGGAUGUGGUGAAGACCAAUUCUGUUAUUCCUCAGCCUGAGAGAGUUCUGGUUUCUGAAAAUUGCUCAAACCAGAUCACUAAAUCAAUGGUUUCAAAGAAAAUGCAGUCAGUUUGCUUCUCUAAUGACCCUUUACUAGAAAGGGACUACAUAGGAAAUUGUAAGAAGAAAUCUACCAGUAAACCCAAGGACUGCCAAUUGGAUUCUGUUGAAAAGAUUCAUCAAAAUGAUUGUGAUUUACAUUCUAUAAAAGACACAGGAAUUGGUUAUUCUUCAGCUGGGAAAACAUUCUUUCUCAACCGCCUCGAGUUUAUGAAAUAUGGUUGGUCAGAUCAGCAUACUGUUGUUUCCUUGCCGCAGCUUGUUUACCCAGUAGAGAGCCUCUUACGCAUAUUUGUUGCAACUUUUACAAGCGAUGUUGCAUGGUUUUUGUCUUGCUGUGAAGUGCCCAAUCUUCUUCCAAUAACAAUUGCCUGUCAUAACAAGGAGAGAUGCUGGAGUGCCAGUCAUGAUAAAAGAACCACAGCACCUUAUCCAGAUUAUCCAAACUUAAUAUUACUUUAUCCCCCCUUUCCUGAGGUUAUAGCCUUUGGUAAAGACCGCAAGAAACAAGGUGUUGCAUGCCAUCAUCCAAAACUGCUUGUUUUGCAAAGAGAGGAUAGUAUCCGUGUCAUUGUUACAUCAGCCAAUUUAGUUUCAAAGCAGUGGAAUAAUGUGACCAAUACUGUCUGGUGGCAAGAUUUUCCUCGUAGAACCACGCCUGAUUAUUCAUCUCUUUUCACCCAACUUUCCUUUGGAGAAACAAGUGAAGAGCUGAAAUCUGAUUUUGCUGCUCAGCUAGCUGGAUUUUUGGCUGCUCUUAUAGCUGAUGUUCCUAGCCAGGCUCAUUGGAUCUCAGAGUUGACAAAGUAUGACUUUGGAGGGGCUGUUGGUCACCUUGUUGCUUCCGUACCAGGAAUGCAUAUGAAAAAUCCACCUUAUCCUUCAGAGCCUAUGCAUGUCUUAUCUGGCAAUCAGAUUGCAUGUCCAAGGUCAACUGCCAUGAAGUUCCUUGGUUCUGUUGAAGCAUCUGUGGUAGGUUUAAGCCACCGUUUUCAUACUGCAGCUGAUUCAAAUGGCGCACAGCUGAAGACACUGGCUGCUUUCCUUGGACGAUGCAGAGAAAAUGGCUAUGGAAUGUCAGAAGUUAUCUUGAAAAGAUAUGCUAAUAUACCUGCAGAUGCAAAUGCAGUGAGUGUUCUUGUUUGUGACCUAGAUGAAUUCUCAGAGGGAGAUUACAUACAACUUGGUUUUCUGCCAAGAAAUGUUGCAAAGUGGGUAGCUCCUUUGUGCGAUGCCAGCUUUUUCAGUUUCUCUGCAUGUAUUUAUCCUAAAGAAGCCCUUGCAGCUGCAUUAGGAGGAAGCAACACCAAAGUACAACUGAUAUUGUAUGUUUCACAGGGGCCUAAUUUUUCAGAAAUUUCAAGGUUCAUACAACCUGAACAUGUUCCUGCUAUAUGCUCCCUUCUUGCAUCAGUACAGAGAUGCGUAGGCCUUUGGAGGUUACAAGAGGUGUUGUGUCGAUACAAGUGGCCAGAGUCCCUAGAGACUGAUUUUAUAUAUGGUGCAUCCUCAAUUGGAACAUCAAUCAAUGCACAAUUUCUAGCUGCAUUUUCAGCAGCAGCAGGGAAAAAGUCAAACCAAUUCUCCGAGUCUGAAGAGUCUGAUCCAGAGUGGGGUCGUUGGAAUGCCAGUCAUGAGUUGAGAAGUCCAUCAAUAAGGAUUAUAUUCCCCACCAUUAAAACAGUGAGCAAUGGUUCUUGUGGAAUCUGGCCAUACAGAUGCUUGCUUUCUUUCCCUGAGAAAACGUGGCAGAGAUUGAGAACUGCAGGCAUAUUCCAUGAUGCAAUUCCGCAUCCAAAUGACAGAGUAGGAUACCCAAUGCAUGUCAAGGUAGCACGAAGACGCUUUCAGUCCAAUACAGGUGCGCUCUCCUUUGGGUGGAUAUAUUGUGGUUCCCAUAACUUCAGCCCAGCUGCCUGGGGGCAACCAAUAUCCCCUUCAUCCAACACUAUUGUGGGUCCAGCUGUUGCAGCUUCUGAUUUGGGUUCAAGGCUAUACAUUUGCAACUACGAGCUCGGCAUCAUUUUCAUUGUCCCGCCACCAGACAUUAUAUCAAAAGAUGCUGGUGAAAAGAGUCUAGACUUGGAUGAUAUAAUUCUGCCAUUUGUUGUGCCUGCACCAAAAUAUGGGUAUGGAGAUAGGCCUGCAACAGCGCAGGCCAUGCGAGAGGCUUUGGCUGAGGUUACUAAGCUAGAGAAAGAAAAAUCUGCAGCAAUGACAGUCAUGGAUGAUCUCGUGGAUGAGGAAAUCCCAGAUGAAGAAGAAGAAAUGGGAGAGGCAGCUGAAUAUGUUGCCAAAGAGAACGAGGAUGAGAAGGUUUAUGCGGAGACUCUAUGGAGCCAAGUUGAUUCAUCAGAGAGCUGAUACGUCCAAUUUUAAGGGUGGGCCCAUUUUACACCCACCCUAACUGAUAAAUACACCCUUUCUUUGGUACUGGUAACACAAUAGUACAGCUUUGUACUGUUCUAUUGCCAAAAGGAGUGUCAUCAGUCGACGUGGUUGUCGAUGUUGAUUGCCAAAUUUUAACAGCAUCGGCUUAAUUGCUGGAAUUGGUGAUCGGACCGGCAAGCGGAAGUGGAAAAUAAGCUAUUACACUUCUGGGUGCUUAGGAAAUGCAUUGUUCCAUGCAGAAACAGCAUUCUUUGUAGAUUCCAGUGAGGUUAGCUACAUUCAUCAAAGGGUAAGAGUUUCAUCCGAACCCAAUACAGCCCAAUACAGUUUCAUCCAUGAACAAUACAGGUGUAUUGCCCCAAAACUGCCUGAUGCAGGGUGACACAACUGGGUUAUGAUGGUGACCAUUACACUACAUUGAAACGAAUACUCAAACCCUUUCAUUCAGUUUGCUGAAUUACAUUUGAAUCGGAAUUGUACAAUAUUUUAUGCCACCUGUGUAAAUUGAUUGACAAGAGGAAUUUAUUCCAUUUAAUAUUAUUGAACAGGAUCAAUUAUUCUGUUGAA